AUGCUGAGGUCCCGCUGUGCUCCUUCCACUUCCGUGCCCGGUGCCAGUGCGCCCCAGUGCUUGGAGGUGGAGACGGAGCCGCUGUGGCAAGCGCUGGAAAAUGCUGAGAAGCGCGCCCAGCGAUUCGAAUCCAAGCAGGGCUGCAGCACCACCUUGGAAUUGUGCUUGGCCUUUCCCUCCUGUUCUGCUGUGACAAAGCACCGUCCCUGA